GUAGAGGCGGAAGUAAAGCCAUCUACCGAAUAUUAAUACAGUCCAGGUUGAGGGACAGCUGUUUUCCAGCUCUUCAGGAGAAAUGCAACAUCCUCUCUAAGACAAAUUAGCGUUCCAAAAGGUUUGGGAUACCUGACCAUUAUGGCACCAAGAAACUUCUUGUCUAUGAGAAGUAACUUUCUCUUUGGUUCAAGAUGUUGGAUGAUCCGAUUUUCAGCAGAAAUCCUGCUUAAAACAGUUUCAUUUAGGCUUUUUAGAGUGAAGUGUGGUAAUGCAGACAGGGAGUCUUUGGAGAAUGAAGAAUUACUGAAUAACUUACUUACAAUGGGAGUAGACAUUGACAUGGCGAAAAAACGACAGCCUGGAGUUUUUAAUAGGACGGGAACUAAAGAGCAGGACCUGAAGAUGUUCCUUCUGUCCAAAGGAGCUAGCAAAGAAGUGAUUGCUAGCAUUAUAUCAAGAUAUCCACGAGCCAUAACACGCACACCUGAAAGUCUUUCAAAACGGUGGGAUCUGUGGAGAAGAAUUAUGACAUCAGACCUUGAAAUUAUAAAUAUUUUGCAACGUUCUCCUGAAUCUUUUUUUCGGUCCAAUAAUAACCUAAACUUAGAGAAUAAUAUAAAGUUCCUGUAUUCAUUUGGAUUGACCCAUAAAUGCCUUUGUCGAUUAUUGACCAAUGCUCCACGUACCUUCUCCAACAGUCUAGAUCUGAAUAAACAGAUGAUUGAAUUUUUGCAAGAAGUCUGUUUGUCUUUGGGUCACAAUAAGCCCGGAGAUUUUGUUAGGAAGAUAAUUUUAAAAAACCCUUUCAUCUUAAUUCAGAGUACCAAACGGGUAAAAACUAACAUUGAGUUUUUACAGUCAACUUUCAACUUGAAUGGUGAGAAGCUGCUUGUUCUGCUUUCUGGUCCAGGAGCUAAAAUUCUAGACCUUUCCAAUGACUAUGUCAACAGAAACUACACAAAUAUCAAAGAGAAGCUGUUUUUUCUUGGGUGUACUAAAGAAGAGAUACACAAGUUUAUUUUACGCUAUCCAGAUGUGAUAUUCUUGGGAGAGAAAAAGUUUAAUGAUAAAAUAGACUGCCUCAUGGAAGAAAAAUUUAGCAUAUCACAAAUAAUUGAAAAUCCUCGGAUUUUGGAUUCAAGCAUAAAUACUUUAAAAAAUCGAAUCAAAGAAUUGGUAAAUGCUGGCUAUAACUUCAGUACAUCAAACAUCGCUCUUUUAUCUUGGAGUCAAAAAAGAUACAAUGCUAAGUUGAAAAAGUUAAACAUUGAAUAGAACAUUGUUCUGGGAAAUUAAAAAGUGUCAGUCUUAACAAUGUAGUGAUACUUCAUUUUGAAUUUGGGCCUUUCAAAAAGGAGAAUUUUGGUUUCUUAACCAUAUAUACAUAGAUAGUGAUCCUUUAGAUAUUUUAUUUUAAAGGUUCGUAAAAACUCAUGGUCGGUAUGUUCCAAUAUAGUCUUCCCAGCCAGCUACCUUUUCUCUAGUUUGAAUUAAUACAACAUCCGGUUAUAUGCUACAGGCUGUGACUGUCAUAUGAAUAGUAGUUCCUGAGUGCCAGAGUGGAACAAUAUAUAGAAAGAAAGUACAAAAUAAGUUUUUAUGGUUUCUGUUCAGAUUAAAAAAUCAACAGAUUCAUUUGGACAGUUCUGUUUCCUCUUGGGGUCUUGAAUUGCAAUUGAUUUUUCCUGUUACAGCCACGUAUCUAAUUGUGGUUCAUCUUCAAAAUAGAAUGGCAGUAAAAAUCUGACAAACCAAAAAGGAGGGCUUUUCAUCUCAAGUUCUGCAUUCUUCAUUUAAACCAUUAGUAUGUUCCUCUUUCCCUCCAAGGUAGGCUCAGUUUACUGUGGGUAUAUCCUGAUUUCUUUAAAGACAAUGGCAACUAUGAUGGGCAGAAAAAUGGCCACCCAAAGAUGUCAGUGUCUUAAUUCCCAGAAUCUGAAUGUGUUCUGUUACACUGGAAGAGGAUUUUGCAGAUGUAAUUAAGUCAAGGACCUUACGACAGGGAGAUUAUCCCAGAUUAUCUGUGUGGGCCCAGUGUUAUCAUAUGGGUCCUUAAAAUGGAAGAGGGAUGCGAUGUAAGGACUUGACCCUAUUUACUGGCUUUGAAGGAGGAAGGGACCAUGAACCGAGGAGUGCAGGUAGCCUCUAAGAAAAUGGGAAAGGCAAGGAAACAUUCUCCCCCUGGUGCCCCCAGAACGGAACACAGCCCUGCUGGGACCUUGAAUUUAGCCCACUGAAACUUGUCAAACUUCUGACCUACAGAACCAUAAGAGAAUAAAUUUGUGUUGUUUUAAGCCACUGAAUAUGUGACAAUUUGUUACAGCAGCAAAUAGGUGAAUAUAGCAACUAAAUAGUGAUUAGUUGCAUUAUAGGUGGAGGAGUCACAAUAUAUGGUUCUUUUAGUAUAUCUGUGUUUUUCCUCUUUUUUUUUUAAUUACCUGUUUUAUCUGCAUACCUUUCUGGAAUGACUAGCAAGUUGUUUGUAAAGACUUCUAAAUGUCUGUGUAAAAAAAUGAAAUGUAAGUAAUAAAAUCUAAAUAAAGGAAUAUUUUUACUUAGUGUAGUUUAAAGAAAUGGCUAUAGUUUCUGUAUUUUUUUAAAGAUUUUAUUUAUUGACAGACAGCGAAAGAAGGAACACAAGCAGGAAGAGUGGGGG